AUGGUGUCCAAAGAAGUGUUUUUGAACGCUGGCCUCAACAAUUGGGGAGUUCAGAGCAUCAAAUCAGAUGCCGACAAAGCUUCCAUCAGGAACCAAAAGGCUAGGACAUGGAAGACUCGAGUCCUCCUCCCCAUCUUGAUUCUUGGAGUUCUGGGCUCAGUAGGUCUGACAACAGGCAUAGUCUUGUAUAAACGAAGCCUUGCAUCGUCGCCGGAUACCAUACAACCAGACUCUUCAAACACCACAAUCCCUGCUUCAGCUCCCACUGCUACCAUCACUCCCAAUACUACCCUUCCCAAUAUCACCACUCCAGCCAACACAACAAACACUACUCAACCCCCGAUCUAUAUUUCGCCAUUCGUCGUACUCAACUAUUCCAAUGCAGUGGUUAUUCCCGCAAAUCUCGUCGCUGGAACAACAAACUCUGUAAAUGGGGCAGAUUGGUUAGGAUUCGGUACAUCUCUGUCCUGGUGGGCUCGCUGGAUUGGUGACCACUAUUACGGACUCUCCAAGUUUGAUAGAGUCAUGGACCAGCUAUUUAAUGUGACUAGUGGACUGGGCUUGACUGUUGUCAGAUAUAAUCUCGGAGCUACCAAUCCACCAGGACCCUCAUCAUACACAAAUAUAGUUGACAUGCCAGCAGUGCAAUCAUCUGCUAAUGCUCCGUUUAACUGGACUGUGGAUCAAGGACAACGUAGAGUCUUGCUUGCUGCAAUUCAAAAGGGAGUCCAGACAACAGAAUUGUUUGCCAGCUCUCCACCUCAAUGGAUGACAAUCAGUGGUGUUAGUUGUGGCGCGCAAGGUUACGGAAAUAACUUGGCAACAUCCCAAUUUCAGUCAUAUGCAAAUUACAUUGUACAGACUCUCUUGUACUACAAAGAUACCUGGAACAUAUCGAUUUACAGUGUGGCUCCCUUCUCAGAGCCAACAUCUAAUUGGUGGGGUCUUCCGAAUUGGUGCAAUCAAGAGGGUUGCCAUUUCGAUGCCGGUCAACUCGGACCCAUGAUGAACACUCUUACAAACACCAUAGCCAGCAACGGUUUAAAUACUAUAGUAGCAGGCUCAGACGAAGUCGACUAUGCAGUUGCCGGAUCCGUGUUGAAUGGAAUGUCACAAACCGACCUAAAUAGCUUCCAAAGGAUCAACGUCCAUGGUUAUUUUGACCCAACGGCCGCAGUGCGCAAGUCGUUUGCGGCUGUUGCGCAAAGUGUCAACAAGAAAGUUUGGAUGUCAGAACUUGGAACGGCUGGUGAAAACAUGCUCCCAGUCACAUACGGAAUCCGCAACAUUGGCGCUAUCGGACUAGCCAGAAACAUCAUUGGCGACAUAUACUUUAUCGGUGUCACCGCAUGGGUUUAUUGGCAGGCCAUCGACCAAGGCGACUGGGGCUUCAUAGUAACCACAUCAGGUGUCCUAGACCCAGACAUUGCCUACAUUGGCAAACAGUAUUUCGUAAUGAUGCAAUUCUCGAGAUGGUUGCGACCUGGUAUGGAUCUCAUACGUGUUGAGCAGGGUGAUACGCCAGCCGUGCUAGUGGGUCGAUCGGUGGCGAAUAGACAGAUCGUAAUAGUUGCCAUGAACCAAAAUAAUGCCAACACGUCGUAUUCGGUUGAUAUCAGCGGGUAUGCAUAUGGGUUGAAUGCUACAUUGAGGACGGCAGACGUGUCUAUGGCUGUGUAUAGGACGAGUGAUUCAGAAGAUCAUGCGCUUGUGCCGCUGUCGGCAAGUUUUGGAUAUGGUAGUAACGCAGUGGUCUUGUUGGCAAACUGUCCGCCAAAUACGGUUACUACGGUUAUACUUUAUGGGCUUACUUGGGUUGCCUAG